AUGGACCUGCAUAAAGUAGUCCUCACCUCGGCUGACCUCCGCCGUCGCCUGAUCGACAUGGGUCGUGAUCCUGAAGCCGCCGAGGAUCUGUUUGCACGGCUGGACGAAAGCUGCGAUGGGCAGGUUACACGUGAUGAGCUCGAGACACUGGUUGUCAGCACUGGGGCACAACUCAACAAGAGAGCAGUAUCUAUGCAGGGAAUCAAGAAGUUGUUGUCGAAGCUGGAGCUAUUGCUGACACUUAUCAUGUUUACCAUCAUUGUUUUCAUCUACAGCAAUUUAUUCAACCAAAACUGGGUCAAGGACUCCAAAGCUCUCUUGACCGGCUUUAUUGGCUUGGGCUUCGCAAUCGACUUCGUCGCCGACUGUGUCUUUGUGUUUGCGAAACAUGCUUACGAUGUCGGCGACCUGAUCGAAGCAAAGUCCAAAAAGCUCGUUGUCCGUGACGUUCAUCUCACGCACACGGACUUCGAGGAAACAGGAAGCGAAGGAGCCGAUGCCAUUGGCAUGGUCGUGCAGAUCAGUCAUAAAGUCCUGGCGGCUGAGGUGAUCAUCAACUGGACCAGAAGCAAUGACUUGAAGGUCGUUCAGAAGGCGCAGAAACAAGCAGGUUCAUGUAAUUUAAGCUUCGAACAACCACUGUGUGCGACGAGAUGUGACUGGGGAAAGCAUAGAUGCAAUACGUAA